CACAUCUUUCAUCGGGAGAUCGACUCUCUAACACCGCAGAUGUCAGCCUGAAGCCUCCUCUGCUCUCAUUUUUUAUUUUUUAUUUUUAUUUUUAAACUCUUCUCUAACUUUUCGGAGCCGGACAGAUGUCGGACGGAUUCUAAUUUCUGGAUUUCGGUGCGUAAAAGUUGUGCCAAGCGUGCCAGCGGACGAGCCGGACUGAGCGCGAGCGUUGUUCUGUUGGAUUUACGGCCGGACGGAGGAGAAGAGCUCGAGGAAGGCUGGAUCCGAUGCGCCUCUGAGGAGCGGACGGAGGAGCGGAGCGCAGCCGGGUCCGAGCGACUCACCGGCGGCUGCACGUACAUGUCUCCUCUCCCCACCGGCACCGAGGUUUCUACUUCCUGUGACAUCAUCACACCAUGCCUGAGGGGUCGCGGCGCGGCAGCCAGAGAUCGCCAAGUAACGCAGCUGCCAAGCGUCCGUCCUCGGUCUCGUCUCUCAGUGGGAUUGUGGGAAGGAUGAUGUCGUCCGGCGACCGAGGAGCGUCGUCGUCCUCCUGCACCUCUGUCAACACCGUGUGCUCGGACGGAGAGCGCCCGGCCUCCCUGUCGCUGUCGUCGUCGGCCUCCUCGGUGUCGCUGCAGGACGCCUCCCACUCCUCCUCGUCCUCCUCGUCCUCGUCCUCGUCCUCGCUGCCGUACGGCGCCGUGCCGACCUACAACGCCUCCUCGUCCUCCUCCACGCCCAAACGGAACGGGUCCGACAUCAGCCUGGACCUCACGCCGCUCGUCGCAGGAGGAGGAGGAGGAGCUCCUGGAGGAGGAGGGGUUGUCAAGGUGAUGGGAGGAGGCCACGCCCCCAACCAGGCGGCGGCGGUGGUGGCGACGCCGAAGCAGCUUUCACGGCUGGAACGAGUCGCUCUGGAGAUCGUAGAGACGGAACAAGCCUACGUCAGGGACCUGAAGAGCAUCGUGGAGGACUACCUGGGCUGCAUCAUCGACUGCGGCGCUCUGCCUCUGAAGCCGGAGCAGGUCAGCACGCUGUUCUGCAACAUCGAGGACAUCUACGAGUUCAACAGGCUUCCUGCUCCUGGUUCUCAUGGGAAACGCUGUCCGAGGGCAGCAGAGUGAGUCAGACGGAGAGUCGCACUGUAAAACCACCACCGUAAGAACAACUGUCCCGGUGUGGCAGCAAGACGACAACAAAUAUGUAAAAAACACAAAUAUGGAAUACUGCAAUGUUAAAAAAAAA